AUGAGCUCCAAGGCCAAGAAGCGCGUGGUGCUGCCCACCCGCCCGGCGCCCCCCACGGUGGAGCAGAUCCUGGAGGACGUGCGGGGGGCGCCGGCCGCGGACCCCGUCUUCACCGCCUUGGCCCCGGAAGACUCCGCAGGACUUGCUGGGGGCGCCGAGGACACUGAGGCGCGGCGGGAGCAGCUGUACCAGCAGAGCCAGGCCUAUGUGGCCACCAACCAGCGGCUGCGGCAGGCGGGCGAGGCACUGAGGCACAAGCGUGAGGACCUGCAGCGGGCAGGCGUGGAGCUUGAGCGGGGCGUGGGGCAGGUGGCGCAGACGGCGCUGCCCGCGGCCACCCCCUCGGGCUGA